AUGAUUUCGAUGGUACAAACAUAGGUUGUCGGAUGCGACAUAUAAAGAAAGAUUAAAAUAGGUUAGCUCUAAAUAUCCGAGGUAAUUGUAAGAAAUGGCGGAUAAGGAUAAAUUAGACGAAUUAGAUUGGGUGAAGAUACGAGAAAACAUAGAUAAAGAUUACCUUCCCGAGACAGUAUACAAUAAAGCAUCACGCAAAAUACGAGAAAAUCCGUUGGUACCAAUAGGAGCCAUUGCAACUACAGUAGCUUUGUCUGUAGGAUUGUUCAACUUUUAUCAUGGAAGAACACAAAUGCAACAAUAUAUGAUGCGCGCACGUGUUGGUGCUCAAGCAUUUACCAUUGUAUGUAUGGUUGCUGGAUUAAUUUUAUUACCUAAAGGAGACAAAUAAAAUAACAAGUAAUGUUAACUCACAAUAUGUAAUGUUAAUGUUUGUUUAGUAUAGUAGGAAAUAUUUGUAUAAUUGUAUAUACUGUGUACCUAAUAUAUAUCAAUGUACAAUAUUUUUUAAUAUCUAUGAAAUAGAUAUUUCAUACUGUUAGAGAUGCUAUUUAAUAAAGUAACAU